UGUCUGCGGUCUCCGAUCAAACUACCAAGGCAAAAACCCUGUGAGUUAAACUCCCUCUUCGUGGCCUUUCUUCUUCCCUACACACAUGGCUUCAUCGCCACCAUUUCUACUUCCAUCUCUGUCAUAAACCCAUUUUUCUUCUCUUACACAUGCGUACAAUAUUGAUAGAUGGACGUAAGAAGAUUGAAAAUUCCCAAAACCAUUGCUAUAUUUUCACAUAUCAAACGCCCUUUAACUUGUGUGAUUUAUACUGCUUCUUCAGAUCAAAUCAGUGAACCAUUACAGAAAGCGCAGUCAAAUAAGCCUAACCCCAGCUCAGAAAAGAAACAGAAAAACGGAUUAGAUUUGAAUUUGCGGAAGUGGGUUGUUUCAGUUCUUUCAAACCCACCUGUAGAUUCGUUAAAGAUUAAAGAUUUACUGACCCUUUUGACUCCUCAGCAGUUUGAUGCUAUUUUCUUGGAAAUUUAUUCGUCUUUGAAACCAUUGAAUGUUUUGAAAUUCUUCCACGUAGCGUCUGGUACUUGUGGUUUUAGUUUUAGUGUUAGAUCUUAUUGUACUCUGCUUCGUUUGCUUGUUGCUUCGAAUCAUGAUGUUCCAGCUAGGUUGCUUUUGAUUAGGUUAAUUGAUGGGAAACUACCUGCAUUGUUUGAUACUUCACAACAAAAGCAUGUUGAGGUUGCUGUUUCGUUGGCGGAGUUGAGUGGUGUGUCGGAUUUUGGUGUUGCUGUUAGGACUUUUGAUCUUUUGCUUCAUUUGUGUUGUACUCAAUUCAAAAAUGUUGGUUUUGAUGCUGCAUUGGAUGUGUUCAGGUCGUUGGCAAGUAGGGGGGUGUAUCCUUCUUUGAAAACUUGCAACUUUCUGUUGAGUUCUCUUGUGAAAGAGAAUGAGCUUUGGAAGAGUUAUGAGGUUUUUGGGAUUCUGAAGGAUGGUGUUGAACCAGAUGUUUACUUGUUUAGCACCGCGAUCAAUGCUUUCUGUAAAGGGGGGAAGGUGGAGGAGGCAAAGGAGUUAUUUCGGAAGAUGGAAAACAUGGGUAUUGUGCCAAAUGUUGUCACUUAUAAUAACCUUAUUCACGGGCUUUGCAAGAAUUGUAAUUUAGAAGAUGCAUUCCUUCUGAAGGAAGAAAUGAUAUUAAAUGGUGUAAACCCAAGUAUUGUCACGUAUAGCAUGCUUAUUAAUUGUCUGAUGAAACUUGAGAAAUUUGAUGAAGCUGAUUGUGUGUUGAAAGAAAUGUCAAACAAGGGGAUUGUUCCGAACGAUGUGUUGUAUAAUACCAUCAUUAAUGGUUAUUGCUCAGCAGGAGAUAUUCAGCAAGCUCUAAAGGUAAGGAAUGAAAUGCUAACAAAAGGAAUUUUCCCCAACUCAGUUACUUACAAUUCACUGAUCAAAGGUUUCUGCAAGGUAAAUCAAGCUAGUCAAGCUGAAGAAUUCUUAGAAGAGAUGUUAUUACAUGGAUUGGGUGUAAAUCCUGGUUCAUUCAGUAAUGUUAUCCUUGUACUGUGUAUGAAUUCUAGGUUUGUUGCUGCACUACGGUUUGUUAAGGAAAUGAUAUUAAGGCGUUUGAGGCCAAAUGAUGGGUUGCUGACCACAUUAAUUAGUGGGCUUUGCAAGGAAGGAAAGCAUUCAGAGGCAGUUGAGCUCUGGACUAUGCUACUAAUGAAAGGGCUCACUGCCAAUACAGUGACCUCAAAUGCUCUAAUUUACGGUCUUUGUGAAGCUGGUAACAUACAAGAGGCUGUUCGGCUGUUGAAAACAAUGCUAGGAAGUGGUGUUCAAAUAGAUAGCAUGACUUAUAAUACUCUUAUAUGUGCAUUUUGCAAAGAGGGAAACUUGGAUGGCGCCUUUAUGUUGAGAGAAGAAAUGGUGAAGCAAGGAAUUGCACCUGAUGUUUCAACUUACAAUGUGCUGCUGCAUGGGCUUGGUGAGAAGGGUAAAAUAGAUGAAGCUCUGUUGCUCUGGGAUGAAUGUCGAAGCAAGGAACUUGUCUGUGAUAUAUAUACCUAUGGGGCCUUAAUUAAUGGUUUGUGCAAAGCUGACCAACUUGAAAAGGGCAGGGACCUUUUCCAUGAAAUGCUCAGACAAGGCUUAGCCCCAAAUUUAAUUAUUUAUAACACUCUUAUUGGAGCUUUUUGUAGAAAUGGAAAUGUGAAAGAAGCCCUUAAACUUCGUGAUGACUUUAGAAGCAGAGGCAUUCUACCAAAUGUUGUCACUUAUUCCUCUCUUAUACAUGGCAUGAGCAAUAUCGGGCUUAUUGAAGAUGCUGAGAACCUUAUUGAUGGGAUGCAUAAGGAGGGAGUUCUACCUGAUGUUGUUUGUUAUACUGCAUUGAUAGGUGGAUAUUGUAAGUUAGGUCAGAUGGAUAAAGUGAGGAGCAUUUUGCAGGAAAUGUCAUCACACAAUAUACAACCUAAUAAAAUAACUUAUACAGUCAUUAUUGAUGGGUAUUGUCAAGCUGGUAAAGUUAAAGAAGCUAAGGAGUAUUUCACCGAGAUGGUACAGACGGGAAAUACUCCUGAUUCGGUCACCUAUAACGUUUUGACGAAGGGGCUUUUAAAGGAAGGGGAAAUAGAAGAAGCCUUUUCACUUUUAGAUCAUAUUUCCCAUACAGGAGUUGGUUUAGAUGAAGUUGCAUAUACUUCUUUAGUGAAUUUACUUCCCCAGAGAUCAGCAAGUGUAAACCAAGAAUGAACUGACCUGGCACAAAGUUCACACUCAUCUGGUUGGACCUUCGCUACCUCACGUUUUUAACGCAACACAACUAUAUACUUGCUUGAGCACAGUUGGACAUUUGAAAAGCACGUAUAUCUGCCUGAUUUUCUAAAGACACAAUGGAGUCAAGGCAAAGUCUGCACAUUGGGCACUGGUUCGUUAUUGUGGGUUCAGAUUUCUUCCUUGUGCUUUGAGUUAGUUGCAAAUGCUGGGAAGAUCAAGGAUCCAAGCAGCUGGUGGAUGGUUUUAUGGUUGAAAACACAUUGUGUGAUCUGAUCCUAAUGCCUCAAACUUCUCCUGCCACAGGAUAGCAGAUAAGUCCAAGAUUGCGCUGGCCCCCUAACAGUCACCUUUGGUUGCUCUAACCAACUCCAUGCCCUUGUAUGAUGGAGCAGACUGUACUUGGAACUGCACUUGAAAAGCCAAAACCUACUUCAGCCACGGGGAGUGUUCGUGCAGAUAAGACAAUAAUGGCAGGGCCACCUUGGCCUAGGACCAUCUUGUGGAGAGCAUCAAAUGGUACUAUAAAUUCGUUCAAUUAAAUCAAAGAAGUGUGCUGUUUUAGUCACCUAAGGGAUUGCUUCGUGUAUGUUCUGCACAUCAUCUGCUAUAGAUGUCUGCUUCUGUUCAUUCACAAUUGCUUCUCUGUUCUUCCGCAGCUAUAGGCUCUCAACACAUGAUGCAUCAGUAGUAUAAUCACUGAAGCAAUUUAGUCAGGAUUGCCAUGUUACUUAUGUGUUGAAGGGAGCAUGACAUGAACCGGGGUAGUCGCAGCAGGAGAAGUACCCCUAAACCCCUGAGAUCACUCAACCCCGACCUGUCAAUCUCUUGUCAUUACUAUCUGGUGCGCGAAGGGCUACUCAUGCUUCCCAGACAUCACACAUUCGCAGAUUGAGUCAACAGCUCCCUAGAAAGUGAAAUAGGUUCAAGGGAGGGUUGUAAAUAGGCUGAAGUGGGAGCGCAGAACAGUUUCAUUGAUGAUCUUGAUUUUCGUGGUUUUAGUUGAAGGUGUACAAAAACUGGCUCGAACACCACUAAUAAAAAAAAAUGUUUACAUUUCAAUGAUAAUACUUCUAUUUUCUA